AGUGGGCGGGGCCACACCACGGUGCUUGAAUAGGCUCCGUCACUACUCAGUGAUGGAGAUAUCAGGCGAGCCGCAGCACGCGCUCAGUUAGUUACUGACAGCGAGCAGGAGAUCCAACAAUGGGGAGAAGAAUUAGCGGCGCCACUGACAUGAGGAAAGCGGCGUGGAUUGUCCCGCAAUGAGCCGCCGACCUCCGGGCCGGUGCGGAGCUGAACGGGACAUGAGGGCCGCCUGGAUCCUGACCGUGACCGCCCUCUUCAGCGCCCGGACUGCAGGGGGAUCACCGCUGGCCUCGGACCCUGGGGUUUUCCUUGAAAAGUAUGGCUACCUCCAUCAGGACAACCACAUCCACAAUGCAGUAGAGAUGCAGUCAGCUAUCUGUGAGUUCCAGUGGCUUGCCCGGCUUCCGGUCACAGGCGAGCUUGAUAGCGUCACCCUGAGGCAGAUGGCGGAGCCCCGCUGUGGGGUGUCAGAUGAUGGCAGCCAUCAGCUAUGGACUUGGAGAGUAAACGCCAUCUUCACUGGAAAGAGCGCCUCUCUCAGGCGACCACAGCGCCGCAGGAAGCGCUCUGCUACGCAAGUUGAGAAGUGGUACAAACGUCAUCUGACCUACCAGAUAGUGAAUCGGCCUCGCCACCUGUCUCUGGGCUCCGUGCGGCUGGCGGUGCGCGCUGCCUUUCAGCUGUGGAGCAACGUGUCGGGCCUGGUGUUCCAGGAGGCUCCCGAAGGCCCCGCAGACAUCCGACUGGCAUUUUACGAGGGAGACCACAACGACGGGGCCAGCAAUGCCUUCGACGGCCCAGGAGGAACUCUGGCUCACGCCUUCCUGCCUCGUAGGGGGGAAGCCCACUUUGACAUGGCUGAGAGGUGGACGCUAAACGGACACAAGGGACACAACCUGUUCAUGGUGACCGCCCACGAGAUCGGGCACACUCUGGGACUGGAGCACUCCCCCGUCCGUCAUGCCUUAAUGUCGCCGUACUACAGGAAACUGGGCCGCAGCCUGGUGCUGAGCUGGGACGACAUCAUCGCGGUGCAGCAGCUGUACGGUAAGCCAUCAGGUGAUCGCCCUUUGAGGCUGCCAGGCCAGGUUUUGCACGCCGCUCUGCAGGAGUUCACAGAGCUUCACAGCGGGCACGAGACCACAGGGCAGCCUCUCUACUGCCAGGGCAUCUUUGAUGCCAUCACCAUGGACCAGAAUGAGACAGUGCUGGUGUUCCGGGGCGGCGUGUACUGGGCGGUUUCGGCUGACGGCGGUGUGAGCGGCCCGCUGCCUCUCCGUCAUCGCUGGUCUGACCUUCCUCCGGCCAUCGAGGCUGCUGCCUUCUCCCCGCUGGACUCCAAGUGGUAUUUUUUUAAAGGGAAGCGAAUGUGGCGCUACUCAGGCAGCGUGCUGGACCAGGGCUUCCCCAGGAAGAGCAGUGAGAUGGGGCUGCCUCGACACCCUGACUGUGUCUUCUACUACGCUCCUCUGGGUCACAUGGUCCUCUUCAAGGGCUCCCGUUACUCUGUGCUUAACCUCAAAACCCUGCACCAAGAGCCCUACUACCCUCGCAGGCUGACAGACUGGACGGGUGUGCCCCAGGGGACCAACGGGGCGCUGACCCGUCCCGACGGACGCCUCUACCUGUUCAGAGAACAGCGAUUCUGGAGAUUUGACCCGGUCAAGGUGCGAGUCACCAGAGAGGGCCAGUGGGCUAAAGACCUGAGCUGGACUGGUUGUAGCAACGCGCCUCAGAGCAACAGCAUUCUUUGACCAGCAGAGGGCGCUGUAAGCUUUAGAUGACUUGCAACGUGUUCAUGUAUACUAUAAUGUUAGGUGCCAUAACUUUUUCAACCAAAACCCACAUUGAGUUUAUAUGGUGCAAAGUGAGCAUAGCUCAGCAAACUCAAUGAAGGGAUUCAACUAAAAGAUACCCACUUGGUUUAUACAUUUUAAAGCUCAAAUAGUAUUUAUACUGCAGAGUAAUGACUAUUACUGUACAUGGAUGUAGAAGUAUAGCCUCAUUAAUACAGGUAAGAACAUUAAAGGACUGUGCACUCUUAAGUAAGCAGACCAAACAGUUUUUUUAGUUGGAACAAUGCUUCUGAAACCAUUGUGUUUCUCUUGUCAUAUUUGCACACUGACAGAGAAACCACAAGAUGUGCGUAAUCUUUUCUGCAACUUCAGAAUAUGCUAUUUAACAUUAUAGACAUGGCUGUUACCUUCUUUGGACUGUAGUUGUGUUUCCAGCUAAUUGCUGUCAAGGCUGUCUAAGGAGAAACAUAAUUAAGUGUGAAAAUGUAUAGACCGUAAUUAGGCCAGGUCUAGUCCACGACUUAUACAUUUUAACACGCGCAUAAAGAGUAAAGAUGAUUUGAAGUGCAUUUAAACAAAUGUAAUCAAAAGCCACCAGGCUAUAGCUUCACUAUGUCAAGCCUGUGACAGACUGACAGUGCUGCACUGUGGAGAGCAAUCAGACUAAAUCAGAUUUCAGCGACAUUAAAGAGCGCCUUCACACUGAGAUCGUCAUCCGUUACAAAGGCCAUCCAACAAUACUAUAAUACAUAAAACAAUCAUGAAGAGUAAUAGUACGGUAUUCAAUAAAAAGGCAUAGCAUGCUAUUUAAAAAAGCCCUGACCAAGUUUAACUUUCCGGCUUAGGAUCAAUAGUCAUGAUGGAAAUCUGUCUGGGAGAUAGCGACCUCACUUUCCGGGGUGCUCUCAAAAGAAGCAAGUUGCAUUUCCGAAAGACGACACACACAAACAUAAUGUUAAUCUGGAGAAGAAUGCAGAAUGAAUGUCGUAACUGUCUUUUGCAAUGAUUAUACAGCAGAGAGGAUGUUUGCAUUUUGAUUUGAUUAGGAUUUAUAAUUGCAGGGGCCAGGUCAGUUUGACCUCUGUAAACAGGAUAUUAUAUGAAAUGUGAAGUACUGGAGGGAUUUGUGGAGCCACUAUGAUCAAAUUCAAUAUGAUUCUGUUGUGCAAAUGAUUUCCACAAACAAAUCUUAAGCAACAACAUUCUUUGACCAUCAGAGGGAGCUGUAAGCUUUAGAUAACGUGCAAUUAGUAGAUGUCUGCAAUGAUGUAAAGGUGCCAUAACUUUUUAACCAAAACCCACAUUGAGUUGAAAUGUUGCAAAGGGAAGAUAGCUCACUGAACUUAUGCCAUUAUUAAUUCAUCAUUAAUAACGGUAAGACUGCACUCUUGUGAGGAAACCAAACUCUUGUUUUUGUUUUUUAAAACCAUCUUUAUUUCUCUUGCCGUUUUUGCUCAAUGACAAGGAAACCAAAAAAUGUGCGUCAUCUCUUCUGCAACAUAUUGUAGACAUAAAUGACUAGUCGCUU